CAGGCUGGGCUGGGGCUGUGAUACCCUGGCAGCCAGCAUGCAGGAGCAGUGACCCCUGGGUGGCAUUGAGCAGUGUCCAAGGGCUCGUGCUCCCCCAGCACCAGGCCCUGCAGCCCCAAGUAUAUUUAGAAAAGAGCCCAGACCAAAAAUAGAGGGAAAAAGUUUCCCCAGUGGCUGUUUCAUCUGCCAGUCACAAUGAAAGCCAAUGUGGCAUGCAGCCGCCUCCUGCCCCAAUAACCCAGCACCCACGGUUGGGUGGAUGGACGGACAGAGCUGGGCAGACCUGUCCGUACCCCACUGAGGAGCUGGGGACCAGCUGGGAAGGGGCCUUGCAGCAUCUCUCACUGCUCUGCCGAGAGGAGACAACAGCACAGGAGCACCGGGCUCUACCCCACGCGCCUGCCAACGGGCACCACAGCGAGUGCCAUGGGGGACUGGAGCCUGCUGGGGCGGCUGCUGGAGAGCGCCCAGGAGCACUCCACAGUGGUGGGGAAGGUCUGGCUCACUGUCCUCUUCGUCUUCCGCAUCCUGGUCCUGGGGGCGGCUGCUGAGCGGGUAUGGGGCGAUGAGCUUUCUGGCUUCUCCUGCGACACGCAGCAGCCCGGCUGCCAGAACGCCUGCUACGACAGCACCUUCCCCAUCUCCCACCUCCGCUUCUGGGUGCUGCAGAUCAUCUUUGUCUCUACCCCCAGCCUUGUGUACCUGGGCCACAUCCUGCACCUGGUGCAUCUGGAGGAGAAGGCGCAGCAGCAAGUGGUGGCCCGGGCUGGCAGUGGGGCCAGGCGGCAGCGCCCCAAGCAGCCUCAGCUCCCUACAGGGGACACACGGGGACGGGUCUGCAUGCGGGGGGCCAUCCUAAGGACGUACAUCUGCAACGUCGUCUUCAAGGCCCUCUUGGAAGUGGGCUUCAUUGCGGGCCAGUACGCCUUGUAUGGGUUCCAGCUGAAGCCCCUCUACACCUGCAAUCGCUGGCCCUGCCCCAACACCGUCAAUUGCUACAUCUCCCGGCCCACUGAGAAGACCAUCUUCAUCCUCUUCAUGCUGGGGGUGGCCUGUGUGUCCCUGCUGCUCAACCUGGUGGAGAUCUACCACCUGAGUCUCACCAAGUGCCGGCAAAGGCCGGGCCCCAAGUCUGGCAUCCUGCCUAGUCGCGGUGGCCCUGCAGGGCCCUGCAGCACCUGUGUCACCCUGCCCAGCAGUGGCAGCCCUGUGGCUGCUGGCAGACCCCCCCAUGGCCUGGCACCCCUGGAGGUGGCCAGCGGGUCCCACGGGAAGGCGCGAGCCGCGGACCUGGCAGUGUGAACGUGGGCUCCUGGGAUGCUCAGGGACUGGCGAUGUGCAGUUGUGGUUCAGUCUCUGGGCCGUGUCAGGCUCGUGGCAUGGACCCCACAGCCAGCACGAGAGAGGUCCUCAGGGACACAGCUUGGCCACUCCCUGUGCUUGUGGGAACAGUGGGGCUGAGAAUAGGGCUGGGCUGGGGCAGGGGCCUGUCAGCCCUUGGGGAGCA